UACAGGCCCCGUAGGCAGGCCGGAGGGGGAAACCCAGGAAUACGGAGGGACAGAGGGAAUAAAAAUUGUCCCCAGAUGGGUUGAUCCAGCUGCAGUGUUUGCAAAAAUAGGGCAUUGGGGCUUUUCCUCCCCCCUUUCCCAGGAUCUCAGCUCCCAUUUCCCAGGGCCGUGUCCUUAAAGGUCCAGUGCGUCGCAGAGCCCGGACAGAGCCACUCUUCUCCUGUAUAAGAUGUUACUGAGCUGCUAAAGGAGACUUGAUCCAGUGAAAUAUUUACAGACCCCCCACAAAGAUCUCACUGUCACACCUGCUUCGAGUGUUUAAAGAAUCCGGGUCUCAGUUCCUGUGUCUGUGUAAAGCCGCCCAGCGCUUCAUCCGUGUGUCCCAGCCACUGUCCCUGUUCCCCUGAGUUUCACUCCUCUUGGACUCCAGUCUGGGCAGUUUCAUUCCUUUACAUUAGUUCCUUAUAAAAACAUUAUUUUCAUUACUCUGAGCUCUUCAGCCUAAACUUCAUUAGCUUUGUGCGGAGGGACGUCAUUGGGCCAUAGAAUUCAUAUUUUUAAUGGCAAAUCAUCAUGGGAAAUAUGAAUAGUUGCGAGUAGUUUCAGCAAUCGCAUCUCACGGUGACACUGUAACAGUUCCUGUUUCUAUUAUAAUGUAAUUUAAGGGUGGAGCUGACUGAUUUCAUGGGCUGGUCUGAGAACUCAUCACAUGAGUGAAGUGAGCUUAAUAUAGUUUUGUUACACCUGCCAGACUCUGCCUCACACCUUUGUGAGCAUCGCAGUCACAGACACACCGAUAUGACCAUCCCCAUGUACGACGGGGUAACAGACAAUGCCGUCUGUCCAAGUUACAUUUCCCCGGCAGUGCUAGUUACAAGGCAGAUAUCCACACGCAACCUCCUCCCUUCCUGCUCGCGCACACAGUGCUCGCAGCUUACAUUGGAUUUUUUUAAAAGAGACACAUUCAUGAUUUUGGGGGCUCUGAUCCUUGAGUGUUCAGGGCUGCCUUAGGUCUUGGUCGGAUUUUCGUGCAGGAUUCAGAUCUCAGCCACACCGGUGUCAGACCGGAGUCACUGCGGGCUCUGGCAGGGGGGACGUGCGGAUGGGCCAAUGGGAUCAGCCUCUGCCUGCCUGUCCCUGGGGGCUGCUGGGGGAGUCCAGGGCAGCUCAUUAUUCAGGUGUUGCCACCAGAGGGCUCCAGCUAUUGCUAAGGGAGAGGGGCUUACACUGCAAAUUGGGGCAAUCCCCCAAAGUGGCCCCUUUGAUUCUGCUCUUUUCCUAGUGUUUUGCUCAGAGAUGCUGUUACUGGGAGGGUCUAAAGAGCCUGGGAGGACUCAGGGUGUGACAUGGACUCCAGCCCUGUCUGUAACAUGCCCCAUAGUCCCUCUCGCUCCAACAGGCUGAGGAAUCACGUCCACAUUUCACUCCAGAUCGUCCCGUCUUCCAGCAGACACGUAAGGGAAAUGGCUGUGAUGGAGCCAGCUCAGAUGCCGGUGACCUUCGAGGAGGUGGCUGUGUAUUUCACCCAGGGGCAGGGGGCUCUGCUGGACCCCGCUCAGAGAGCUCUCUACAGGGAUGUCAUGCAGGAGAACUACGAGACAGUGACCUCAUUGGGAUUCCCCAUUCCCAAACCUGAGCUGAUCUCCCACCUGGAACGAGGGGAAGAGCCGUGGGUGCCGGACUUCCGGGCCUGCGAGGAAAGUGAGAGCCUGAGAUGUUCCCGCACAGCAGGUGCUGAGCAAGGGAGUGAGAACGAGAAUGGGAAUCAUCAUGAGGAAGUUGCUGGGAAAGUGCAACCACAGGGGACCUUUGUGGGAAGAGCUGAAGGGAAUUUUUCCCAAUGCUGGGAACAGGGAGAAGCCUGGGGAAAUUGGCACAGGUCAGAAAAGCUGCAGGGAAACCACCCAAGGAAGAAAGUGGAUGAAUCUAUUAAAUAUGGGGGAGGAGAAAAGGAUCCCACAACCCAGCAGGCAAAUUCCAAGGAAGACAAAUGCUGUGAAUGCCUCGAUUUUGAGAAAGGAUUUAUUCUGAGAUCACAUCAGACAAUCCAUACCGGAGAGAAACCCCUUCAAUGCUUGGACCUUGGACAAAGCUUCAAUAAUCGCUCAGACCUGAAUAACCAUGGGAGAAGCCACACAGGAGAGAAACCCUAUCAAUGCCUCCAGUGUGGGAAGUGUUUCCUUUGGAAGUCAGAAGUAAUUAGACAUCAGCUAAGCCACACAGGAGAGAGACCACAUAAGUGCUUCAACUGUGGGAAAAGUUUCAUACAGAGGUCUGACCUUCUUAAACAUCAGGCAAUCCACACAGGAGAUAGACCCCAUAAGUGUUUCAACUGUGGGAAAAGUUUCAUACAGAGAUCAGACCUUUUUAAUCAUCAGGCGAUCCACACAGGAGAGAGACCCCAUAAGUGCUUGGACUGUGGGAAAAGUUUCAUACGGCGGUCAGACCUUAUUCAACAUCAAAGAAUCCACACAGGAGAGAGACCUCACAAGUGCUUGGACUGUGGGAAAAGUUUCAUGCAGAGGUCAGAUCUUAUUCAACAUCAGAGAAUCCACACAGGAGAGAGACCUCACAAGUGCUUGGACUGUGGGAAAAGUUUCAAACGGAGGUCAGUUCUUUUUAAACAUCAGGCAUUACACAGAGGAGAGGGACCCCAUAAGUGUUUAGUCUGUGGAAAAAGAUUCGUAUGGAGGUCUGACCUUGUUAAACAUCAGGUAUUCCACACAGGAGAGAGACCCCAUAAAUGUUUAGAUUGUGGGAAAAGAUUCAUACAGAGGUCAGACCUUGUUAAACAUCAGGCAAUCCACACAGGAGAGAGACCCCAGAAGUGCUUGGAAUGUGGAAAAAGUUUCAUACGGAGGUCAGACCUUCUUGUACAUCAGAGAAUCCACAGAGGAGAGAGACCCCACAAGUGUUUAUUCUGUGGAAAAGGUUUCCUAUGGAGGUCACGCCUUCUUAAACAUCAGAGAAUCCACACAGGAGAGAGACCUCACAAGUGUUUAGACUGUGUGGAAAUUGCACUUCUAAACUUCUCUGAUGCAGGGACAGAAAGUGUUAAGGAAAUUGCAUGUAAUUGACCUAGAUUCAACCUUUAGAGACAUGUUAGAAAAAUGUGUCCUCCUUAGAUAAACUAGAGCUUUGAAAGGUAAACGUGUAUUGUUAAAGACAUGGAAGAAGAUGGUAACAGUAGUAGUCUUUGUUUGGCUGUAUCUUGUUAGAGGUUAACAAGGGAAAUAAAUGGUUCCUGUGUAGGGCUCUAUUCUGUGAAUUAGAGAUCAAAAGGGAAUAUUGCCAUUUAGAUAAAACUUGGUUGUAAUAAUGUCAUUGUUUGUCUCCUGAAAGUUUAUGGUAAACUGUCUAUGAAUUGCUUUAUGGAGAAUCACCUCAUGUUAAUCCAUGUAAUUAAUUACCUGUGAUGUUUAGGAACUAGAAGGUUACUUCAAAAGCCUGUUGUUCAGCCAAGGACUGUGAGCUGUCGAGACGCUGCAAAAAUGAUCCUUUCUUCUCUUAUCUGCUUAAGCCUUUUUUUGUGGGGGAGGAGAGGGAGUGUGAGUUGGAAGAUGGAGAUCUCCAGUCCCAUCUGGACCGCCCUGACAUUGAAAUUUGGACAUUGGACUAGAACGUGAUGAAAUGUUUCUGUAAAGGACUCUUUGCAAUUCUAAAGCAUCAUUUCUACAGUGAAACAGACCUAAGGACUCUAUGCAUCUCUGUAUGUAUAAUGAUUUUUUAACCAACACACUCUCUCUUUUCUUCUUUUAAUACAUCUUAGUUGAGUUAAUAAGAAUUGGCUGUAAAGCGUGCAUUUGGGUCAGAACUGACGAAUUCCUUAACUUGGUGGAUAAUGUAUUGGAUCCUUUGGAAUUGGUGGAACUUUUUAAUAUGAGGAAUAAGAUUUUCAGCAAUCCCCAUCAUGUUUAACUGGGCUGUCUGGGAGGGAUCCCAAGGCCAGGUUGCUUUAAGGGAGCUGUGCUUUGGCCUCUGUGUAGCCAAUAAGGUAUUGUAGAAGCUGUUUUGUUGCUGGCUUGGAGAAUCUAAGUAUUGUAAUAGCCAUUAGUUUUGGGGAUUGUUGUCCCGUUCUUUGCACUUUGCCCUAUUUGAGCAAUCUCAGUAUGCCCCCCCGAGACCCAGGUCACAAUUACAUAAAUGCCUGGCCUGUGGGGAAAGUUUAAUUUGGCCAUCGCAAUCCACCACCAACGGAGGUGGGGGACUCUGCCAAUGGUCCCCAUUUCUCGUGGCCCUAUGGCUCCCAAAUCAAGGGUAGUGACUCUGGGAAAUGUGCAGGUCAUAGUGGAUAGCUUUGCUGCAAUGGGAGUCCCUAUCUGUGGUGGGGCAAUAGAUGGAACACAUAUCCCUAUCUUGGGACUGGACCAACUUGGCAACCAGUACGUAAACCGCAAGUGGUAUUUUUGAAUGGUGCUGAAAGCACUGGUGGAUCACAAGGGACAUUUCACUGACAUCAACGUGGGAUGGGCGGGAAAGGUGCAUGACGCUCACAUCUUCAGGAACUCUGGUCUGUUUGAACAGCUGCAGGAAGGGACUUACUU